UGCUGUGCCGACCAAAAUGGGGACUGCAAUGCUGCAAUUGCAGGCGGAGUCAAUGUCAUGUUGAGUCCAGAUAUGUUCAUCGGCCUGGAUCAUGGUCAUUUCCUCAGCCCGACCAGCCAGUGCAAAUCAUUUGAUGCAUCAGCUGACAGCUACUCCCAAUCAGAGGGAUGCUCUCUCUUCGUGCUCAAACGUCUUUCAGACACAGUUGCAGAGAACGACAAUAUUCUUGGUGUCAUCUGCAGUAUUGACAUCAACCAGAGUGGACUUGCGCAUUCAAUCACCCACCUGCACAUACCUUCGCAGGUUGCUCUUAUGAAUAGGCUUUUUAAAAACUCUGGUGUCAAUGCAUCACGUGUCAGUGUUGUAGAAGCACAUGGCACUGGUACCCAGGCUGGGGAUUUCUCCGAGCUUCAGAGGCUGCCUGUUGCGACCCAUGCCUAG